CGUAUAUAUUCGCGAUGACGAUUUAAUGCUGCGACAACCGGAACUUUCUCUCCAUAAUAUACCGAUAUCGCUUGUAGAUUUUGCACGCAUUUGAUUUGAAUGGUAAAAUGACUAACCGAACGGCAUAUUUCUAUGAUCCAGAUGUUGGAAAUUUUCAUUAUGGUGCUGGACACCCAAUGAAGCCCCAUAGAUUGUCCCUAACUCACAGUCUUGUCUUGCAUUAUGGCCUGUACAAGAAGAUGAUGGUUUUCAAACCGUACAAGGCUUCACAGCAUGACAUGUGUCGUUUUCAUUCAGAAGACUACAUAGAUUUUUUGCAGAAGGUCAGCCCAAAUAACAUGCAGGGUUUCACAAAGAGCCUUAACACCUUCAAUGUCGGAGAUGAUUGUCCUGUCUUUCCAGGAUUGUUUGAGUUUUGUUCCAGAUACACUGGUGCCUCAUUACAAGGAGCAACUCAGUUGAACCAUAAGAUUUGUGACAUUGCUAUCAACUGGGCUGGAGGAUUACAUCAUGCGAAAAAGUUUGAGGCUUCUGGAUUUUGUUAUGUGAAUGACAUUGUCAUUAGCAUACUUGAACUGCUUAAGUACCACCCACGUGUGCUAUACAUUGACAUUGACAUUCAUCAUGGUGAUGGAGUGCAGGAAGCUUUUUAUCUUACAGAUCGAGUCAUGACUGUGUCCUUCCAUAAAUAUGGAAACUAUUUUUUUCCAGGAACAGGAGACAUGUAUGAAGUUGGUGCUGAGAGUGGUCGCUACUAUUGCCUGAAUGUGCCUCUCCGUGAUGGGAUCGAUGACCAGAGUUAUAGACAGUUGUUUCAGCCAGUGAUCAAGCAAGUGGUGGACUUCUAUCAGCCAACCUGUAUUGUGCUUCAGUGUGGCGCGGACUCGCUGGGCUGUGACCGACUCGGGUGCUUUAAUCUCAGUAUACGAGGUCAUGGGGAUUGUGUGGAGUUUGUGAAAGGUUUCAAGAUCCCUCUACUUGUUCUAGGUGGAGGAGGAUACACUGUGCGCAACGUGGCUAGAUGUUGGACAUAUGAAACGUCUUUGCUAGUUGAAGAAUCUAUUAGUGAUGAACUACCUUAUAGUGAGUACUUUGAGUAUUUUGCUCCUGAUUUUACACUUCAUCCAGAUGUUAGCACUAGAAUUGAGAACCAGAACUCCAGGCAGUACUUGGAACAAAUUCGGCAGACUGUCUUUGAGAACUUAAAAAUGUUGAACCAUGCACCAAGUGUUCAGAUCCAUGACGUUCCUUCAGAUCUGCUGAGUUAUGAGCGCACAGAUGAUGGUGAUCCUGAUGAGAGAGGUUCAGAAGAGAACUAUUCCAGACCUGAGGCAUCAAAUGAAUUCUAUGAUGGUGACCAUGACAAUGACAAGGAGAGUGAUGUUGAAAUCUGAUCUCAUAAAGAAAAGUCAUAUCUUUUUAUAUGUAUAUAUAUAUAUAUAUAUAUAUAUAUAUAUA